AUGAUAUGUACGAAGAAGUCGAUACGAGGAACAGUAGUAGGUAGUCGAAAUACAUCAGUUCUAGCAACAGCUGAACCGAUAAAUAAACCUGUCGAAUGCCUUGAAUCGAGUAAUAAUAAUUCAGUGAGAUUUAUUACGAAUUUAAACGAUCAAACAUUUGAAGCCGGAAACGAUUAUUUGGAAGGUGUUACGUUUCACGGAAAUCUAUUAACCAGAUGGUUUGUAGCAGUAAUGCCCUCGUCGGAGGAGGAAAGUCAGUGGCUCGUUGGCAGCGGGGGUGGUCUCGCAUCUUCCGGCGGUGGUACGAUAUGCAGUACUGGAGAACGUACAUUGAACACUAGAGGAGGAUUGUACACCGAAGAGAUGACGACUCAACCGACAAACGCGAAUACCGUAGGUGGGAACACGGCGUCAGCCGAUUCCGCCGAGCACGAUCUCAUCGAUUCCACCGGGGAUGCAACACUUUUAGCACAAUUUCACGAAGACGCCAUCAAGCAGGCUGGAGUUGGUUACUUCCAAAUAUUGGCUGCUUUGUGUACAGGCUUGAGUCUUGCAGCAGAUACUGUUGAAUUUUUUGUUGUACCAUAUAUUUUACCAAGCGCAGAAGUUGAAUUAUGCAUUGAGGACAAUGAAAAAGGAUGGCUCAGUAAUAUUACUCUGAUGGGUCUAGCAUUAGGUGGAUUGUUUUGGGGUGGUUUAGGAGAUAGGAUUGGAAGACGCAGAUCUUUAUUAUCUGCAAUGUCUGUUCAUGCUCUGUUCAGUAGUGUUGCUACCUUUAUGCCCACUUAUGGCACAUUUAUGACUGCUAGAUUUUGCUCUGCAAUUGGAGUAGGAGGAACCUUACCACUAGCAUUUACAUAUCUCGCGGAAUGCUGUCCAAGAUUAAGCAGAAGUAGAUGGGUUGGUUUACUAGUAGCAGCAGGAGCAUUAGGAGGAGUAUACGCAGCUCUUUUAGCAUGGGUUGUUGUUCCUACAACUGGAGAAAUGGUUGUUCUUGAAAAUAAAGAGCAUUUUAGUGCUUGGCACCGCUUCCUCUUACUUUGCAGCUUACCCGCGUUAUGUUCUACCGUUGGACUAAUUUUUUUGCCAGAAAGUCCAAGAUUCUUAGUGGAAGUAGGCAGAGAUGUGGAAGCAAUGAUGGUUUAUCAGAAAAUAUACAAGAAAAAUAACGCACGAAAGGGUGCAACAGGUGCACAAUAUCAACUUUCUGAAUUAGAGCUUCCUACUAAAAGGCCUCGCGGUUUGGCACCUCCAUCUCCUACUAAUCACACUAGUGUUUUGGCUGAUAUCAUUUAUUCUAUUGAAAUGUUUUGGAAUUCUUUCUUGGAACUAUUUGUAUCCCCCCAUUUACGUGUCACGAUAGUGCUUAUAAUUAUUUGGUCGACUGUGUCAUUUGGGUUAUAUGGUCUUAUGGUAUGGUGUCCUGAAUACCUCAAACUUUUACGCGCUACAGAGUAUAAAGCUCACACUGUACAUAUUUAUGGGAAAGAAUAUAAAGGAAAAACAUUCAGUGGUUCUUUAGAAAAUUGUCAAUACAGAGAUUCAAUCUUUUUGAAUUGCAAAUUCACGAAAAUGGUAUUUAGCCACGUAGAUUUCGACAACUGUACUUUCCAAUCGGUAGAAUUUAGUAGCAUUAAGUCCAGUAAAACCCACUUUACAGACAGCGUUAUUGUAUAUUCGAAAUUUGUGGAUACGGAUUUAUCUGCACAAGUCUUUAAGAGAUGUAGAUUGGAAAAUAAUACGGAAUUAAGUCUAAGUGGUCCGUGUCCGACUCUUGAUUUGGAUUACAAUAUUUAUAUAGAAGAAGCGCUACAUGGUCAUCUUGUUGCUCAAUUGGCUUUUGUGCCUGCUGCUGUUUUGGCAGGACUAGCACUCACUGUACUUCAGCGGCCAAAAGUGAUUGGUAUUUCGUUGUUUUCCUCUUCGGUUGCUGCCCUAUGUUUGAUUCUAGUGGGUACGAAUAGUUCAGCAGUACUUGGUUUUGAAGGUGGUUUUGUAGCAGUUUUUGCCGUUGCUUGGACAUCGCUUACACUGGUUACAAUUGAGAGCUUCCCCACUCAUUUAAGGUGUACUGGUUUUGGGUUUAUAGCGGCGGCUAUAAGAAUAUGUGGUUUAAUAGGAACAACAACUUAUAAAACUUUAGUUGGCGCACCUUUGAUCGCGCCUGCACUGCUAACCGCGUUACCGCUGCUGGUAGCCAGCGUCGUAACAUUCAAAUUGCCUCAUACUCAUACGGUUUUCUUAUAAAGAUAUUCCGAGUAAGUGAAAGAAAAGAAGCAAAGAUGUCGCAAAAAAAGACAUUUCCAAUUUAUAUUUUAAUGGAUCAAUCACGAGCUGUGCUGAUGUUUUUACUCGAUAUUCUUAUGACACGAACAAGAAGUUCGAGGAAUCGAUUUUUAUAAAAAAGAUUUGAAUGAAAAUUGUAAGUGGUGUUUUAGACAAAUGCGAAUUUUCAUACUUGCAAAUUCAACAAAGAAAGGUUAUAUUCUGCACUGGAAGCGUGACAUUAUACAAAGUGGCAUAUCUUAAACUGAUAAAUGGGAUGAUAAACCGUGAAGAAAUUGAAGUAGUUAAAGCGCACAGAGAUUAAACAGUCAUCGUCUGACACGCUAGAAUAUGGAAUUUCUACAAAAUUUUAAUACAUUUGUUUCAAGUAUCAACGAAGAUCGUUGUUAUUAGCAGGAAAAUUUUAAAAUGGACGAAAGACAUACAGGAAUUCAACGUUUGAAUCAAAUUACUAAACUUAUAUGUAAGAUUUAGAGAUCUUAUUCCAGCUAACUUCGACUUCAAAUACUGAAGUCAUUAUAUGACUCGUUUUCGACAGAGAAAAGUUGCAAAAUACAUAUACAUGUUUAUAAUGCUAUUUUAAUAGGAUAAUAGCAAUGAAAAGUGUCAAUUUUAAUAAAUAUUGACUGGGUGAAUCUUUUCAUCUAUGUAAUAAGGUGUUACGACAACAAAAUGACUAAAACUCUAAAAACUUUGUUUAUCAAAGACGCAUUUGAAUAUCCGUAAUAGAAAAUAUGGAAUGUUGUUUAUAGCUUAUAGAUGUUUCUUUUUUUUGUUCAUAGUUAGUCUAGAAAAGUUAUGCAUGAUCCUAAAAUUACUAUAUUUCAAACAAAUCGAUUAAGAAAGUUUGCCAAGGACAGUAUAAUGGAAACUUUUGUAUUUACAAACGCUACGUACGCUUUCGCAAGAAAAAUCAAGUAGACAUUCUAGGAGGAAAUAAAUAAGAGUACUUGGAAUCAAGUAAUAGCGUGCUCUUUUUACCACGAGACGAAAGUAAUUGAGUAAAAAUAUAUUUACUACUUUUGCUUUUUAACAAUUUACUAGCUUGCAAUUCACUCCAGAUACUAGACUCUGAUAAUCAAGAGGCAUUAUUCAUGUAAUGAGAAGUAUAAAUGCUGCCGUAUGAAUCCUAAAUUUCCAGCUAAAGACUUGGAACCGAAUAUAUAGAAGCGUAAGCUUUGUUUAUAAUAUUAUAAAUCCAAGAGAUUAUCGCCUCUAGUCAAGUUUCAAUCAUCUUUAAGCUUACAGUGCGAUAAACUUCAAAAAUGCGUUAAGCUUUCUGAUUCUUGUAAACGAUCUAAGACGUUAUUUUCUACAAGAUCAAGAGGAUAUAUAUCGCAUUGUCAUUUUACUGUAAAAAUUGCUAUUACAUUUAUGAAAAUUUUGCUAGAAUUUUACUGUCGUUGUGAGUAAAGAAAAGAACAUCACGAUGGCAUGCCAAAGUUGGAAAAAAGUACUGGUUCCUCAGAACAAAUAACUAUUUCUAGGCAAUAAGAACGUAAAAUAAGUUUUACGACAUAAUUAUUGAAAUAUCUCAUUCUUAUUGAAACUUAAAAAUAUAUUACUAAUCGUAAGUAUUUAAGCAAAUUUCUUAGCAAAGUAAAAAAGAGAAAACGACAAACAAUUGUUGGCAAACUUAAUCACAUAAAAAUCUACGUCCCAUGGUUAGUGAAUUUUUCAUAUCAAGUUGUUGGCAUCUAGUUUUAAAAAAUAUUAAUGUUAUAAACCAAGUUCUAUGUGUCAUUUGAAAGAAGUAGAAACGAAUCCAAAAUAUUCCAUCGGUCGCAUAAGUUUUUCUAGUUUGAUUCGAUCUUUUUCCUUUCUCUUUUGUUGUAUCAUGAAACUGCAGUAACAGUGUGAAUAUUUUAAUGACAAAAUAUUACUUAUUCCUACUUCUACAAACUGUAAUCGAGAACUUGGUAGUGAAACAACCCUGUGCUGGCGUUAUAAUUAAGAAAGAAUGUAAAAUAACGUGUAACGAUUUUCAAUAGAUGCAAGUCCAAAUUUGUAGUAAGAUGAAAUCCUUAUUUCAGGCUUACUUGGAAUUGGGACCACAAAAUAGAAAAAUUCAUAUAUAUACUUAAUUGGAACACAGUUAAAAAAGGACUUACUUCUCAGAUAAUACUUCUAUUAAUUGAUAAAGCAAUUAUUGAUGAAAUUUUUGUUUAAUAUAGGUCGCCGGCACACGUAGUUCCACACUAGUAAAUCGUUGCUACAGCAUUAAAAUCUUCGUCGCCCGUAGAUGAUAUACUUUACUCGACAUAUCACAUAUGAGCAAGCAUUCUAGAUUCGUAGAAUUUAAUUAGACUAUUGACUAAACAUACGUAGAAAUAUGUACCAGGAAUCAUAAGAAGGUAAAGUCCCGAAUCAGUAAAUAAAAGUGUGCGUGUGCAGAAGAAUUACUUAGUUAUACAAAGCUUUUUGGUAAAUUCAGUUAAUCGAACAUGAUAAAUAUUUUGGUUGUACACGGAUUGAUUAUCAGCGGAUCAAGCGAUAGAAAUGUAGUAGAUAAAUAGUAUGUUAAUGAGAUAAAAAAAAAAUACUCACAGAUAUUCGUCGAUUAACGUUCUGUGCAAUAUUAUAUUUUUAAGCAUAAAUAUUAUUUUUAUGUUGAAGAACAAACGUACAAGUGUACGAAGUGUUCUUCUUUUAUUAAAACUGACUGUACGUAAUUGCUCAGAUGAUAGUAACUAAAUUAUUCCAAAUAAUUAGGCGAUCAUUUAUUCAGAUAUUUUGAUAUUUAGUCUUUGAUAUUUAAUAAGGUAAUUAAUUAUUUAAAAACUAAAACACUACAGACAGUGUAUAAGAAACAUAUUUUAAUAUGUUUAAUAUAUUUUAUACAGACUGAAGAUACAGAUUGGUUGAUAAUCACCGUGUGUUUUUUUUUGUAGAGACUGCUUUUUAACACGUAAAUCUGUAAUAUUUAAAUACCUUUGAGAACAGAAUUGGUUAAUUUGUAUUAUAGCAAUAUGUAUGUAAAAAAAUGUACGUUUAUCUUGCAAUACUUUUAGAUCAUUUUUGCUAUAACAAAAUCUUGUAUACAGAGUGUUCGGCUACCGGAUGGGAUGGUAGGUGGGGUGAUUCUGAACAAUUUUUUCCUUCACUAAAAUGCUUGUUAAGGCUUAGUUCUUGAAUUAUUAAUGGAAAACUAAGUGGUUCACAAUCAUUUCAGUUACCACCAGCACCCUUUGAAAGGGUGCCCAGUCGCAGCCGAAUACCUUGUAUAAUUUUAAGGAAAAUCUGCAAGCUCUUACAAGUUUUAUAGCAAUAUGUAGUAACUUAUUCGUAAUAUAAAUUAUCAUAUUGUUGUUAAUGUCGUGUACUGAUAUUUUCAACAAAAAUCAAUCUUUCGAAAAGUUAUUUAAAAUUUUAUUUAGAAUAUCGAAAACAUCAAAUUAUUUGAGAGUAUUGAAAUAUUUUGUUUUAUACUGUCGACGAGCAUAGGAAUAUUUAGGGUCAAUUAAAAGAAAAAGCUUCAUGAAACAAUGAGAUUAAAAAAAACUGUGUAGCACAUCGCUAUAAACAGUUGUAAUUUGAGAAUGUAAACUGAUGACCUGCAUAGAUAUUAUGUAUGUAUUUUCCAAUUAUGUAUGUAUUUUUAUUCCGUUGUAAUGAUACCGAUUAAUUGGAAAAUCUAUAUUCGUGAUAUUUUUUUACAUAUUUACUCUUUUAUAUUAGGAAAAUAUGUGCUUUAAGCUAUAUAAUUACCUACGAUCACUUAUUUGUAUUCAAUGCUACAUUAUAUUUUGUUGUGAUUAAGAAGAAAAUUAGAAUUUAAUUUCUUUGUGUAUUUCACUAAAAACAUGCAAGAAUAAUUUUAACGACAGUUGAUUGCAGAUGUAACGAACAUUUAAGCUAAAUAACAGAAUGUACGAGUGGAAUAAACAAGAUAAAUUUA